AUGACUGUGUGCAGUGGUAGUGAGCGCAAGAGCCGCCCUAGCGAUAUUGAGGCAAUGGAGGAGGAGGAGGAGCUGGAGAAGGAGGAGGAGGAGGAGGAGGAGGAGGAGGAGGAGGAAGGUAUGAACGUUCGUAGUGCGAUCAGGGUUAGUUGCUGACGUGUAGGGCGAGGCAGAAUUUGACAAAAAGACAGCAGCUGGUGUGGUCCGGGUGCUGCAGUUGAUGCGAAGAUGUCCUACAAGCCAAACUCGUGCAUGGAACGUCCGCUUGCAGUGUUGACGUGAGAGGUUGGCGCAUUUUGGAGUCGCGACUCACGCGUUUGGCUUUGCAGCGGUGAUGCGGUUGGCCUCGUAGAUCGCUGCGUCUGUCUUCAUUGUCCUCCUCCAGGUAUGUUGGUCUCGGUCGAGAUAUUCCCAGCUGACCAUGCUAGUCUGCAGACACCUCAGGGACGUCUUCACAGUGCCCUUGUAAGGACGGACUUGGCCUCCUUGCCUCCGGUCUGUGUGCAACUCCAGCGCACAGACCGGCGGCAACCAUCAGGAGUCCGGUAA